AUGCCUACCGCCCAUGUGCGACCCGGGGACGAUGAAGCUCUUCAGAUAAUCGCAAACGCCCUCGUCAAGGCUCGGAAGGUGGUCGUCGUGACUGGUGCCGGUAUCAGCACCAACUCGGGCAUUCCGGACUUCCGCUCCGAAAAUGGUCUCUACCAGCUUAUCCAGGCACAAUACGAAGCCGCCGCGAGGCAGGCCACCCAAUCUCAGCUCCCCGCCCCCGCGUUAAAGCCAGCGGACAGCAAUUCUCGCGACGACGCGUCCAAUGUUGACGAGUUUCCAAGCCAUCGCCCUAGCAAACGCCGGAAGCUAUCAACCGCGACGAAAGAGGAGAUCGGCGCACCGGGCACGUCCGAAACUUCUGAGGCGAAUUCGAGUGCAGAAAGUGGCGGCAUCGGGCGGCAUCGGGCGGAUAGGAAGACCCGUUCUAGAUUAGAGCUACCGAACGCGACAGAUCGUGAGAAGCUAGGCUCGCUGCUCAUAAAACAAGAACCAUCUGAGCUCCCAAAUACGUCGAGUACGGCGCCGGCGCCCACCUGCGACGACUCUUUCAACACCUCAUCCCAGGACGAUCAAAGGACGCGAGUGGACAAUGAUGACCAGGCUAGGCAGAAUCCUGAGCUUCCACAGGACAAUGGGGACGCGACCUUUUCGACGCGUCCAUCUGGUCCUGCCCCAUCCGCACCUCUGUUUUCUACACCUUCGCGACCACGCUACGGCAAAAAUCUCGUGAUGUCUCCCCAACAACCUCCCACCUCUUCAUCGGACAUUUGCGAGACCGAGGCAAGCUCGUCCGAUGCUACACCCAAAACAUUGACCGAAUCGAAGAAAAAGUCGGACUCUCCACGGCCCUCGAGCGCGGGCCGGGACAAAAGAGCCGCUUUUCAACACGUCGCCUACCCCUAUCCAGAGCUAACUCUUCGGGAGCGGGCAAAAUUGUUCCCGCGAUCGCCCGGGAUGGCCAAUCUCCUCCAGGGCAAGAAUCUGAGGGAAGUCAACGAAGAACGCCCGAAGGUCAGCGAGGAGGAGAUGGAGCUGGCUACCGAGACGAUGGAAAUGAUCGGCAACAUCAAGACUUGUCUGGUCAAUCUACAUCUUCAUGCGCGGGAGAUGAAUUCGCCCUUCGCCCAGGAGGUUCUGAGGAGGCCCCGACUGAACUGGAUGGCCGACGUGAUUCAAGUCAUGGAGGGGGACAUCCAACAAUAUCUAGGCAACCAAGCGGAGACCACGAAGAAUCAGCCGGAGACACCAGAGGCCAAGGACGACGAGACACUCGAGGAACCGAGCGAGAGGGCGACCUCCCCAUCCCGAACGGAAAUUCCGGUAAUGGUUCCGUCGCCCUCAAUGACGGAAAUUCUCCUGGACGCGUUGGAACGUCAGAAGGACAAGAAGAGCCCGCUUCAGAAACCCAUGAGCGAACAAACGGUGGGAGACGAAGCAGACGUCUCCACCACCCGCCCUCCCAAGCAACUUCGUCAAUCUUCCCCUUCUAGCGGGGUUGAAUGUGUCUUUCUCCAUGGCUCUCUCGAGUCCUUGCGAUGCUUCGUCUGCCGAAAACUCUGCGAAUGGGAGGACGCCGACCGAGAGAACGAGACGCUCUCUGGACGGCAGCCUGAGUGUCCGCAUUGCGCCGGCGCCACCGCAGCCCGGCAAGAGCGAGGAAAACGCGCCCUGGGCGUCGGAAAGCUCCGCCCCGACAUCGUUCUGUACGGCGAGGAGCACCCCAACGCGCACCUAAUCUCGCCCGUCGUGACGCACGACCUCGCCAUCGGCCCGGACCUGCUCUUGAUCCUGGGGACGUCGCUUAAAGUCCACGGGCUCAAGGUCAUGGUGAGGCAGUUUGCGAAGGCCGUGCAUACCAAGGGGGGCAAGGUGGUGUUUAUCAAUUUUACGAAGCCUCCGGAGAGCACAUGGGGAGAUGUGAUUGAUUACUGGGUGCAGUGGGACUGUGACGCGUGGGUGGACAAUUUGAAGGAGAGAAUCCCGAUAUUUUGGCUUCCUCCCGGUACAGUCCUGCCCGAGCCGCCGAAGAAGCGGAAGAGGGAGAGCGUUGGUGGCGAGACGAAGAAGAAAGCUGCGAAGGCGGCUUCUGAGAAGAAGUCGAAGAAGAAGAAGGAGAAGGAACAAAAUGGUGAUGAAGGAGCUUCUGAGAGCAAAUCCUUGAAGGAUGCCGUGAAGAUUGGGGCAUCCUUGGCCACCAAUCCGACAGUUGUCGCAGAACAAGCGAACACAUCCGCCGAUAUAAAUACGACAGCGACAGGCAGUUUAAGCGAUCUUGCAACUACUACUGCCGAAGAACAAUCCAACGAGACUAAAGCUAAAGGGCCGACGACAGCGAAACCGCAAACCCCCCAAAAACCAAAUGCCAAUCGACCAAAGGGCAUAAAGGAAGACAAAGCGAACGGUGCAUAUCUUAGCUGGAAGAUCAUGGACAGUCUGCGCUCCAUAUCUGGGCGUCCCGCACCGCCGCCAAUGGAGCUCCCCUCCGUAGCGGCAACACGCGCUGCGGCAGCCGCCACAGCCAGGAUUAAGCGAAACGAGGCAGCCAAAGCGAGGCGUCAGAGAAAAUCAGCCCCGGCAGCUCUGACGCGACCGGCACCGUCCGAUCUUGAUCCUAUCCCCGAAACCACUCCUGUGCAGUUUACGACGCCGCAGGGUGUGAACAGCAUAUCCCAAUCAUCUCCGCCUCCACCUGUGACCACUCCCCCAAGCAUGUACGUCGCUCAACCACAGCCGCGACCACAACCAGAUGCCGCGCGACUGCUGCUGGCAGGUACAAUUUUGGAAGCCGUCAAGUCUAACCCCAGGAGGCGAAAGCGCAAAACAAUCGAUGGCGAGGAGGUCGUGCUGCCCUGCGUCAACAGCCGCGGUCCAUCGAAACAGCGACCUGGCGCAAAAAACCCAAAGCCAUACCAGCCCAGAGGAAAGGAAAACACCCGUGCUCGCAUCUCCACCACCCCGGUUCCUAUCCCCAACAUCCCCCACGCCACUCAUCCUCCAACAGCGACAAGACCUCCCAGGCUCGAGAACGGAGUCUGCCCUCCCGCUUCGCUGCCUCUGCUUAAACCCGCCCCGGUUACCGCCUACACGGAAUCUCUCUCUCUACCGCCACUGCGACAACCCAUCUCUCCGACGUCGUCCCGGUUCCCUAAGCCGGUGCCCAUGGAACCGCUCUCGUCGCCGCGGGGCCCUCUGACGUCGAUUUCAGCUAACCUCCGGUCACCGAUGUCGGAGUUUAGGGCGGAUCCGUUCUUUUUGGCGGAUCCGUCUGUGCAGUGGGCGCGGACGUCUUGGGGACCGAGCGGUUGGGAAGGGGGUCAUGCUGCGUGGGGCUGA